CUGUUGUGUGUGGAGGAACCUUGCUGUUCUUGUUGGGACAGGAUCACAUGCAUGUAAUUAACAGGUGGUUCCUGUCGUAGCUUUGCAUACAGCCCUGAGUGUCAGCAGCAACACAGAGGGACUUGCUGGAGCGUCUGCUGCCUGACAGACAUCAAGAUGCUCUGGCUGAGUCUUCUGACUCUUCUGAUGCCCGGGCAGACUCUGGUGACAGCCUUACCUCUCCCAGCUCCAGAGAUGUCAAAACAGCCUCAUGCUGGACCAUCUGAAGCUGACAAGGAGUUUGCAAAGGAAUAUCUGCAGCAUUUCUAUGGCUACCAGCCCAAGGCAGAAAGACAGAAAAGGACUGCAGACCCAGAUGGAGAUGCUGACUGGACGACUGGACUGUGCGAUAAGGUCCAGACAAUGCAGCGCUUCUUUGGCUUGCCUCCAACUGGAGAGCUCACAAAAGACACUCUGGCAGUUAUGAAGAGGCCCCGCUGUGGUCUGUCAGAUGUGGAGCGAUUUGGGGAGACAAUUCGCUGGAAGAAGACCACUCUCAGCUACAGGAUUGCUGGCCACAAAUUCCCUACCUCAGCUUCGAAAGUUAACAGAACCUUCAGGGCAGCUUGGAAGCUCUGGUCCAGCGUUGCACCACUGAAAUUUCGCAAGCGGAACAGGAGAGAGGCUGACAUUGUCAUUUCCUUCCACAAUGGCGACCAUAAGGACGGCUCACCUUUUGACGGCCAAGGUGGAAUCCUGGCUCAUGCCUUUCUGCCUGGGUCUGGUAUUGGUGGCGAUGUGCACUUUGAUGCCGAUGAAGACUGGAGUUUUAAUUCUACUGGCUUCAACUUAUUUGCAGUGGCAGCCCAUGAGUUUGGCCAUGCACUCGGAUUGCCCCACUCAUCUGACCCCGGAGCCAUCAUGUACCCAGCAUACAGCUUUGCCCCCAACUAUGAGCUACAGCUCUCCUUCCGUGAUGUCAAAGACGUCCAGCACCUUUAUGGUAUUAGUCCCAACUUUCCUUCCCUAGUUUUGAAAAAGCCUCCUCCAAGAACACCCGACAAGUGUGAUCCAGAUUUGUCCUUUGAUGCUGUCACAGAAUUACAACAGGAGGUCCUGUUUUUCAAAGACAGAUUUAUGUGGCGGAAACAUCCUCAGUUUGAGGAAACAGGAAUCACCCUGAUUAGCAGUUUGUGGCCAGACACUGUACCCAGCCACUUAGAUGCUGUGUAUGAGAAUGUGGGGAGGAAUGUUUUGACAUUUUUCAAAGGUCAUCAGUAUUGGGAGCUCAGGCAGUUAAAAAUGGAGGAGGGUUUUCCUAGAAACAUAUCAGACUUGGGCUUCCCCUCCAGAAUUCAAUCUGUAGAUGCUGCUCUUCACUUCAGAAAUGACCGCUACACCGUGUUCUUCACUGGCAACGAAUGUUGGAGGUACGAUGAGCAGCAGAAGAUGAUGGACGGUUCAGCGAUGCUCACAGAACAGCAGUGGCCGGGGAUUCCAGCUCCCAUAGACGCAGCUGUGUUCAUUGAGGGAUUUGUGCACUUCUUCAAGGGAAACCUCAACUACAAAUAUGACUCCAACUUGAAGCGCGUUGUUUCCAUCAGCCCUGCCAACGAGCUGCUGGAGUGUGAGAAGGAAGAAGAUAAUGAAACAGUGACAGGGAGGAGAGAAAUGAAGGAAAGCUCUCCCUGAAGCAUGGUGAUGAUGAUGAUGAUGAUGAUCAUCACCAUGAUGAUGAUGAUGAUGGUGCUGUGUGUGUGUGUACACAAAGUGUUUCAAUACUGGACAUUCGGCAAUAACCACAAUGUAGCUAAUACUGAACUGGGAACUAAUGAAUAAUGCAGGGAAGUGCUUCAAAGUGUUACCUCAGUGUGUAAUACAGUGUUGUAAUAAUGGUAGCUGUAUCCUUUUUUGGUAUUGUGUUUGAUUUAUCUCUCAUGUUUUUAAAUGUGUGUUUCAAUCAAUUUUUUUUAGAUUUGAAAAAUCACAUGUAUAUGCAUGUCUAUACUUCAUCUUAGUGAUUUUAUGAUUCUCCCUCUCAUUACUGUGACACUGUGAUUUAUUUCUCACUUUUUAAGGGGAGAACUUUGUUUAGAUUUAGAAUGUUUGAUUAAAAAGGAACUUUUUUUUUUUUUUUUUUUUAACAACACAUUCCUGUGUGUGUGAACGAGGCAGUGCGUUUGCUCAACAUAGUCGUUACUGUUGCUGUCAGUGUCCAGUGUUUGGUAAUGGUGGCCGAAAUGUAGCUUUCCAUUAACAACGAUGAGCAAAGUGGCUGUGGAUUAUUACAGACAAAUAAUGCUGGAAAAUCACCACCUGCAGUUGAGUCACACAACACCUUAAUCAAGUGGAAAAACAUUUCAUUUCUCUAUGCACUACAGUGCCCUUGAAUCUUUUAUAUAAUAAACAGACUUUAAUGUUUUGAUAAAAUCAGAGUUACAGUGGAAAUGGUUACAAAGCUGAAAACAUUAAUGCUUUUCUGUAAGUGACUCACGUCAGUAAACGCUUGAUGUCCUCAGAUGAUGGAGCCCAUUCAGCAGAGUUCUCCUACUGCCAAAUCUUUGGAUUUGAAAUGUAGCGUAGCAGCAUGAAUCAUCACAAACACACCCAAAUACAACACUAAGAUAACCGUGCAAAUACAUGCAGAAGGGCAAGGACCUCUGUGAAAGAAAUAUUAUAACAACAACAACAAAAACAGUCCUGUGGAAGUGUAUUUAAUGACCAUUGCUUACAAAAUUUUACAAAAACUUAGGUCAUGACAAAAGUAAUCUCUAUCAACAGAUACACAGACUUUAUGCUAAGACAUCAGACAGUAGCUGGUGGCCUCCAAGACUGAGACAGAAUGAAUAAAUAAAUGUACUGAACAGCAGAUUAUUUGUAGAUCUUGACAACACAUUACCCUGAAAUCCAUUCAUACAACCAUCCUCAGCAAAUGCAUGUUUUUCAUUUGUUUUUGAAGAUAUGGAAACAAAUUAAAUGUAAAUGUGAAAACCA